AUGCACUUGUUUAGCCAUGAUGAAAUUAAUUUAUUGGAGGCCGCAUAAGAUGGAUAGUUAGAGUUCAUAAGUAAUCAGCUGAUCUCUUUGUCGUCAAAACAGUUGUAGGAUGCUUGCAAAAAGACAGAUUAUUAUGGUAGAAACGCUUUGCAUUAUGCUGCUUACAGAGGACACUAUGAGGUAGUUGAAUAUUUCCUUGAUUUGCAGUGUAUAAACAUAAAUUCGAAAGAUAAUAAAGGUAAUACAGCAUUAAUGCUCGCUUGUGUUCGAGGAUAUAACUAAGAUAUUGCAAGUCUUAAAAAAGGUUCAAAGUUUGACAUAUGUUCACUACUUUUAGAAAGAGGUGCAUCUCUUUAGGAGUUCAAGAAAUAGGGGAUAAAUAACCCUUUGCAUUGGACUUGUUAUUUCGGAGACUUAAAAACAACAAAAUUAUUGAUGUUUGUGGAGCCUAGCUUAAUGUUGUAUUCAAAUGAUAGAGAUUAGUUUCCAAUCGAUUUGGCAUUGAUGACUGGGAAAGAGUUGGAUGAUAGAGGAGAGGAUGAAAAGGUCUUGGAGUUCAUGAUAUUGAAGUUCUUGGCUUAAUACUUGGACAAUGAUGAGCAUAAAAAGAAGUUGGAAUUAUCAUUGGAUGAACAUGAAUCCUAUAGAUAUUUGUAAUAGAGCAAUUUUAACAUUAAAUCCUCGAAUUAAUUAGCACAAGUAGGACUUCGAUAUUUGUUUUGGGCUAGUACAUUGGGGAGAUUGGAUCUGGUGGAGCCUUUGAUUAGAUGUAAAUACUCCCCCUUUGAGCCAUCUUAUAAGGGCAGAAAUGCUUUGCAUGCAGCUGUGUAUCAUAAUAGAAAAGAAUUGGUUGAAUAUUAUUUGGAAUCAGAAUCUGUAAAGGAAUUUCGAGAAGGGAACGUAAUUAAUAGAAUGACCAAAGUUAAACCUCAGACCGCCUUGCAUGUGGCUGUUGAAAGAGGACAUAUUGAUAUAGUAAAAACAUUAAUAAAGAAAGGAGCAGAUCCUAAUUACUACAAUUUUCGUAAUCAUCGAGCUUUUGAUUAAUCGAGAUUGACAGAGAUCAAACAUUUGAAAAGGGAAUUGUUGAAUAAUUCUGAAAAGAAUUAUAUAAGAUCUGGAUACAACCAUGUAUUGGUAGGAUGGCAAAGAGCAAAAAACUAAUUGUUAGAAUAAUAAUUCUACAACAUACAAUAAAAGAAGAAUUUCGAGAAGGGAAUGUUCAAAUAUUUGCCUAUCGAAUCUAUAGAUAAAUAAUACACAUAUUAUUGUUUGAAGGUUGAUGAAAAACUCAAAAAUAUGAUAGCUGAUGAAACUAAAAUGAUGAUAUACAAUUCAAGGGAAGCCUGUUUAUGUCCAUUUAAUAUUCAAAUUCAAGAACAAUUUGAAAAUUUCCAUCACAUUCAUGACUAAUAGAUAUUAUAGACCUUAUUGUAUGAUGAGUUUGACAUUGAUUAAUUUAUUAAUGAUGGUCUAUUGAUUGAAUAGUAUCCUCUUCAUGAUGAAGAAGAGAAAGAAUUGAUUUUGAAGUUUUGGAGAAAUGAAAGAUUUCACAUUUUAUUUGAACCCUUUUAAUUAACUAGAUCAUAAAGUAGAACAUUUAGUGCCUUAUCUUCCUACUUUGGUGCAGAAAUAGGAAUGUUUUUUGUAUUCUUAUGCUUUUUUACAACUUGGCUAUUUUUGCCUGCUGUUCCUGGAUUAUUCAUUGGGAUAUUUCAUUUCAUUAAUGGAGAUUCUAUUAAUUCUGUAGCUCCAAUCUACACAUUGUGUAUGGCUGUAUGGGCAACAAUAUUCUUUGAGUUUUGGAAGAGAAAGUAAAGUGAAACCAUGUACAAUUUUGAUAUGCAUGUUACUAAGGAAUAAAGAAGGACGAUUCCUUAAUAUAAGGGAGCUUUUAUUAUUGAAGAUGUAACUCAUACAAUUGAAAUUAUGGACACGAGGAAUGUCUAAUGGAAGUAUUUUAAAUCAAACUUUCCCUUAGUUUUGAUCGCUAUCAUCUUCAUUGGUGGAGAACAAUUUGGGUAUUAUUAUCUCAAGCAAAUUAAUGAGGGAGAAUAGUUUUAUGAUUCUCUAUGGGCAUGUGUCCUAGCAUUCUCGAUACUUAUAACAAAUGAGAUCUUUAAUUUUUUUGCUAAACAUACAUUAAAUUAUGAAAAUCAUUAAUAUCAAGAUGAAAGAGAAAAUGUAUACAUUCUGAAAGUGUUUGCCUUCACUUUUCUGAAUUCAUUCGGUCGAUUAUUUUAUAGAAGUCUAAUUAGACCCGAUUCUGAAGAACUAGAUUUACUGAGUAUAUCAUUUACUAUAACUUGGUCACUUGUUCAUUUGAUAAGGUACACACUCUACCCUCUCAUAUCGUUUGCUUUUAUAAAGAUUAAAUUUAAUUGGGAUUUCAACAAAUACAAAUAAAACAAUUCAAAAUAGUUAGCUGUUGCUUAAAGAAUAAGUGUUUAUGAUACUGAAACUAGUGCCAUCAACAAAUCAGUAGAUAAAGGAUUGUCUACUCUAUACUUUCUAUCCUAAAUUGAAUUAAAUAGUAGAAUGAUUGAUCCUCCAAAUCAUGUGGAAUAAUUUACUUAUUUUAUGACUCAAUUUUGCAUGGCCACUAUGUUCAGUGCAGGAUCUUAAAUAAUUCCCAUUGCAAUUUUAUUCUUUAACAUUCUCAAUAUAGAGGGUCUCAUUUAUGGAUAUAGAAAGUUUGUUAAGCGACCAUUAGCAGAACCAAAAAAGAGCAUCGGUGUUUGGAAUGACAUCCUGCAAUUAGUUGGAUACAUAGGGAUUGUGUCGAAUUGUUUAUCCAUUUAUCAAGCAAAUUAGACACAAUUGAAUUCAUUGAUUGGAGAAGAUCCGAAUGCUUCCAAUGAUUAAACCGAUCUUGGACUUCGGAAUUUUCUCUUUCUCAUAGUAGCUGAACACAUUGUUAUUGGAAUCAAAUUUGUAAUUGAAGGAGUAAUUCCAGAUGAACCUGAAUGGGUUGAAUUGAUACUUAAAAGAGAGGAAUUCUUGUCUGACAAGAACAAGACAAAGAAGGGGGAAUAGUCGAAAAUUAUUGAAAUCAAAACCAAAAAAGAAUGA